UCUGUACAGGGACCACCUCGGGUCAUUUUUAUCAAGAUGGCAGGAAAGAUUAGCUCCAAAGACGAACUGGAGGAACUGAGAGAGGCGUUUGGCAAAGUUGGUGAGUAGACGACAACUGUGAUUUUAGUUGAUUUAUUUUCUGCAUUAGUAUUUUCAUUAUGAAAUGUUUUCAUAAUACAUGUUACAUUACACACCUAGUCUACAGCUGCUACAUUGUACAGUCCCUGACUUUUUAGUGAUUGAUGUUAGCUCUUCAUUUGUAUUGUUUGGGAACCAGCCCAGGGUUUCUAGAAACAAAAAGUGUUAGCUGAAACUUUUUUUUCAUGAUAUGGUUAAACUCCUGUCUGCAUUUUGUAGACCUCGAUGGCAAUGGCUCCAUCUGUGACUACGAGCUCCAUGAUCUGUUCAAGGAGGCAAACCUUCCCCUGCCUGGCUACAAAGUCAGGGAGAUCAUCCAGAAGCUGGAUCGCAACAAGGACAACAAGAUCAGCUUUGACGAGUUUGUGUCAGUGAGUUGGGGGGGGGGGGGGGGGGUCGUCGAGAGAGGAGACUUUCGCAGUAAUCGAAAUCAGCGGUACUAUUAAAAAAAAAAAAAAAACACCUUAAGACUAGUCAGGUAGAACGCAUGAGAAAUAGAAAUGAGAAGAACACGAGUAAGUAAGCUAUAUACAGGGUCGAUACAAAUACCAUAUUUGGGGGGUAAUUUGACUAGGCAUCAGGAUGUAUGCUAAACAGAGUAGCAGUUCCACGGAGGGCUGAGUGUCUGAAGGUUUUUGCUCCUCCCUUGUACUUCAUUGAUGAAUUUAAAGUCACUAAUUAGUAAAGAACUCCUCUCACCUGGUUGUCUGUCUUAAUUGAAAGGGGAAAAACCCACAGACACUAGGCCCUCCAUGGAAUGAGUUUGACACUCCUUGUGUAGAGUAGGGCUCUCCAGGAACAUAUUUGAAGAGCCCUGGUGUAGAGUGUGUGUAUAGACUGCAAAAAUAAAAUAGAAUGCUCAAUGCAGAUAGUCCAUGUAGCCAUUUUUGUUAGCUAUUUAGUAGUCUAAUGGCUUGGGGGUAGAAGCCGUUCAGGAGCCUGUUGGUGUCAGAUUUGAUACUCCGGGACCAUUUGCUGUGCGGAAGCGGAGAGAACAGUCUGUGGCUGGAGACUUAAAUUGUCCAGGCCUUCCUUUCACACCGCCUGAUAUAGAGGUACUGGAUGGCAGGGAGCUCGGCCCAGUGAUGUGCUGACCGCACCACGCUUUGUAGCGAUCGAGGGCGGUACAGUUGCCAUACCAAGCAGUGAUGCAGUCAGUCAAGAUGCUCUCAAUGGUGCAGCUGUACAACUUUUUGAGGAUUUGAGGGCCCAUGCCAAACCUUUUCAGCCUCCUGAGGAAGAGGCACCAUCGUCACGUCUAUUUGCAUGCGUGCGUGUGGACCAUUUUAAGUCCUUAGUGAUUUGGACACUGAGCAACUUGAAGCUCUCGACCCGCUCCACUGCAGCCCCGUAUGUGGAUCGGGGCGUGCUCGCCACCCCCCUCUUUCCUGUAGUCCACCAUCAGCUCCUCAGUCUUACUGACGUUGAGGGAGAGGUUGUCACUGACCUCAUCCCUGUAGGCUCUCAUCGUCGCCGGUGAUCAGACCUACCACCGUUGUGUCGUCAGCAAACUUGAUGGUGUGUGGCCAGUACUGGGAGAACAGGAGGGGACUAGGCACACCCCUGUGGGGCCCCUGUGUUGAGGGUUAUUGUGGUGGUGAUGUUGCCUACCCUCACCACCUGGGGUCGGCCCGUCAGGAAAUCCAGGAUUCAGUUGCAGAGGGAGGUGUUCAGUCCCAAGCUUGGUGAUGAGCUUGGAGGGGACUGAUCUGUAGUCAAUGAACAGCGUUCUCACAUGGGUAUUCCUCUUAUCUAGGUGAGUGAGGGCAGUGUGGCGUGCACUUGAGAUUGCAUUGUCUAUGGUUCUGUUGGGGUGGAAUGCAAAGUGGACUGGGUCUGGGGUGAUUUGCGUUGUGUGCCAUAACCAGCCUUUGUCAGAGUUGGUGUCAGCAGGUCAAGUUUGGCGCAUUUGUUCCAGUUGGUCAGGGACUUCUUGUUGGGAGGGCUACCUAUCCCUCUGAUUAAGGGAACCAUCUUUUGUCUCCUUUGUAAAAUCAAGUGAGGUUUAAUUCCCUUUGCAUUGACCAUUCUAUUUUAUUUUUCACAUGAAUUUCAGAUAGUCCAUGUAGCCAGUUUGUUAGCUAUUUAGCAGUCUUAUUUCUCUCUUAACCCCUAACCCUAUUUUUAACCCUAAUUCCUAAGCCUAAAAUGGUCUUAAGUGAGGACUAGCAAAAUGUCCUCAAUUUUAGUUGAGUACUUCUGGUACUCACAAGUAUAGUAAAAUGUGUGUGGCGGGUACACACAAAUUAGGUCAGAAUAGUGGUGUUCCCGUAUCUUGUUUUACCCGUGAUGAGAGGACUGUAAUUUAGUGCUAGUCUCCAUUUUGAGUAAUGAUGUGACAUCUGGCAUCCCAGAAGGGAAAAAAAACUAAUUCAAUCUAUUUAAGGCCAUUUCUCAUAGCUCAAUUAUUAUUAUUUUUUUGGGGGGGGGCAUAAUUUUUAUAUCCCGAAUAUUCAGCCUCUUUUGUAUGGGUUAGCCUAGCCACAGUUGUGGUGUUAUGUCAGAAAGGGGCUGUGAUAUUUUUUUUGUUGCUAUAAUGGAUUACAUUAUUUUUUUAAUGUUGAGAUUAACAUGAACGAUAUCCAUUCAUUGAAAGCAAAUGAAAUCACAAAUGCCUUAUUUAUGAAGGGAAAUGCAUUCUAUUGUGGUUACCAUGGGCUUUGCUUAUCUACAGUGCAUGAGCAAUGUAAGCUAGCUAACGCCACAUGAUCCUAUGUUUGUGCUGUUGUGGCAUACUUUUAACAUGUCACUCAAUACCAGACUGAGUAGCUGGUGACCACUCAGACUACUGAGAUCAGCAGGUGUCAGGUCAGAGAUUAUACACGUUAGGGCCUGUGAAUACAAAAACCUUGAUUUACUUGACUCAAACUUUGGCUCCUGUAUGGAUUAUAGGCCAUUGACAAAUGUCUUUCUAACCCAACAUACACCCCCCCCCAUAUCCUUAUUGCACAAAACAUUUCCUCUGGCCAUUCAGCAUACAUUAUCUCAUAAUAUGUUGACUUCUUACAAAGGAGGAUCAAAUGUUUGGUACAGAGGCACUUAGCUUUCUGGUAAACACUGGUGUUUUUGUUACCAUAUGGCCUGUCCCCAGUGAGAACCUUACUGAAUAGAAUGGCAGCUAACAGACUUUCUGUUUUGACUCGUGCAACUGACUCUGGAGAUGACGACGCAAUUCCUUUUUACACAGAUAAUGCUAAUUUAUAUUGACUGAGCCUAACGUAAGCAUAAAUGUAUUAGGAUCUUGAAGAGGGAAGUCAUGACUUGUGGGAGCUUAAAUGCACUUCGCCCUCUACGGCAGAUCUUCCAGGACUUGAAGAGCAGUGACAUUGCCAAAAGCUUUCGGAAGGCCAUUAACAGGAAGGAGGGAAUCCUGGCCAUAGGGGGGACAUCUACGCAGUCCAGCGAGGGAACACAACACUCCUUCUCUGGUGAGCUGCUCACUGCAUCUCCUACCACUUCUACUAAUGUCAUUACAUUACAGUAUGUUGUACUGUGUAUACGUAGGCUCUUUGAUUUAAUCUAGGGGAAUCUUACUCAUUAAUUUAGGUAGAUACCCCGUCUAUCUCUAAUCUCAUAGUGGAUUGAUUAGUCAAUCGAAAACAAUAACUGGGUUUCUGGGAUGUCAUAGAAAAUAUUAUUCCUGUGUAGUGAGAAACCAUGUGUAUGAAGCAGUGGCUGCUCCUCAGAGGAGGAAGGGGAGGACCAUCGGUGAAUUUCAUAAAGUGAAACAUUUAAAGCGACAAUUUUUAGAUAAAACUAUACUAAAUAUACACCACCAAAUAAUUGAUUAAAACACACUGUUUUCCAAUGAAGGUCUACAGUAGCCUCAACAGCACUCUGUAGUGUAGCACCACGGUGUAGUUGUAGGACAGCUAGUUUCUGUCCUCUGGGUACAUUGACUUCAAUACAAAACCUUGUAUUGGCUCUUGGUUUUCACCCCCUUCCAUAGACUUACACAGUAAUUAUUCAGGAGGACGUCCUCCAACCUAUCAGAGCUCUUGCAGCAUGAACUGACAUUUUGACCAUCCAUCAAAGGAUCGGAUAAUUAAUAUAGUACUGAAAGCAUAAGCUACAGAUGGCUAGCAGUGCAUAGAAUGUGAUGAGUAGUUGUCUCAGACAAUAAUUGAACAGUUUUGAACAAUAAUUUUCUUGAAAAAUUAGUGAGUGGGAGAGCGAGAGAUUUAGCUAGCUAAUUUAGCCUACUCAAACACCUGAGGGGGCUGCUAUGUUAGCUAGCUGGCUAUGGCUAUCCAACACUGGAACUUUUCCAAGUCAAGUUAAGCAUUUGGUUUUAUUAAUUUAUUGCCACUGGGGCCUGCCGGUGUACAUUAUAUUAUAGUAAUUUAGCAGACGCUCUUAUCCAGAGCGACUUAGUUAGUAAGUGCAUACUUUUUUUUCGUACUGGUCCCCCGUGGGAAUCGAACCCACAACCCUGGCAUUGCAAACGCCAUGCUCUACCAACUGAGCUACACGGUAACUGCUAAAGUGCUUGCUGACUGUACUGCAUGAUUGUAUUGGGUUUAUGAAUGUGUUAGUUCUAUUAGCAAUGUUGACUAUGACGUUAUAUAAUAUGGUAACAACUAUGUAGGCUGUGUCUAGUGGUUAUGAUAUGAAGGUUUGGCUUGGAAAGGCUUUUUUCGCCUGGUCAGACAGCUGAGGUGUUGUGCACUGAAGUCCACAAGCGAAGGGAAAAGGUGAGAGGAGGAGCGUGUUGCUGCGAGAAGGAAUUACAACAGGCAAAGUGAUCAUGCUGUUUGUAUGUGGCUGCUAUGAAAGUGAACUGUGUUUGUGUGAUCAGGGGUGUAUUCAUUCCGCAGAUUCUGUUGAAACACGUUCCUUAAACGGAACGGGGAUAAACAUAACUGAAUUUGUCCAAUAGAAACUCUUGUUUGCAACUUGUACUAAUGAUUACGCCCUAGAUCAGCUAGAUGCAGGCAAGCGUGUGCAAGGCGGUGUUUAAUAAUAAUAAUAAUAUGCCAUAUAGCAGACGCUUUUAUCCAAAGCGACUGGCAGUCAUGCGUGCAUACAUUUUUUUUGUGUACGGGUGGUCCCGGGGAUCGAACCCACUACCUUGGCGUUACAAGCGCCAUGCUCUACCAGCUGAGCUACAGAGGCUGUCACCCUGAUUACUAAAGAUUCUCAACUUGUGCACCUACAUUGUAAACUUUCAUUCAUAGGCUAGGUUGUAGCAACCUCAUGAUGGGUGUAGGGAAAUUUGAGUGUCAUGUAGUAGCCUAAAUCUAUCGACGUUACCUGGAGCUGGGUGAAUGGAAUAUGAAUGACAGUCAUCCAAUAUGCUGAAAUAAGGCCAUGCUCAUAAAAUGUUUUAUCGUCCUCCUUCAUCUUAAACUGCACUGACCGCCACUGGUAUGACGUGGUGCUGGUUGUUGGCUGAGUCUUUCCCUGUGCUGCCCUAUGCAGAGGAGGAGCGGUACGCGUUUGUCAACUGGAUCAACACAGCGCUGGAGAAUGACCCUGACUGCAAGCACGCCCUGCCCAUGGACCCCAACUCAGACUCCCUCUUCAAGGCCCUGGGCGACGGCAUCGUUCUCUGGUGAGACCAUAGAUUUAUAUAAUUGUGUUCUACAUAAUUAGGCCCUUCAAGCCUUACAGACCCUAACACAGCUAUUUUUCCUUACACGUUUUGGUUUGAAAUGGGGCAUACCUGUGUCUUCCAACAUUAGGACCCCUCAUAAACCAGCUGUUUGUUUUUAUGUGCUCCAUGUAGUAAAAUGAUCAACCUGUCGGUGCCAGACACGAUUGACGAGAGGACCAUAAACAAGACUAAGCUGACACCGUUCACAAUACAGGUCCUUACAAACUCAACCAAACUGGUCAUAUACUGUAGUUGACUUGAGUGAUUGUUAGAUUUAGCCAUUCCACCCCAUGCUGUUUUGAGGAAGGAAGCUAUUGUGUAGAUAUAAUUUGUCAUCUCUGUUUAUGUACAUAAUAUGGGAGGCCCUGUUUUUCUCUUUCCUGCACGGACUUCAAAACAGUUUCUGUUCGUCCUACAGGAGAAUCUGAACCUGGCUCUGAACUCUGCCUCUGCCGUUGGCUGCCACGUGGUGAACAUCGGGGCUCUGGACCUUAGGGAGGGGAAGCCCCACCUGGUGCUGGGCCUGCUGUGGCAGAUCAUCAAGAUCGGCCUUUUCGCUGACAUCGAGCUCAGCAGGAAUGAAGGUGAGGGACUUUCACAGCACAAUCAUGGUCUUGGUGACUCAUGAACCUGGUAUUCAUCAUGUUAUGAUGGAUAUUUUUGUUUGCUUUUCUAUUUACCAACUUCUAUGUUUGUGCUUUUCUAUAAACCAAUUUCUGUGUUCAUGCAAGUGACGGAACGAAUUCUCACUAUCAGUAUCUGUAAUUUGGCAGUAUGCCCAGAACCUUGUUUAGAGAAAGGGAUAUCUCAGUUUCAUGGUCUCAGUUUAGAGAGAAGAAGCCUUGUGAGGUAUUGGUCGGUCACAUGCAUGACCCAGUAUUGGUCGUCACAUGAAUGAAGCAAACAUUAAUUAUGAAUGAUGAAUAAGCUAAAUCAUGCAAAUAUAACUUGUGAGUAUAUAAGGGAACUAAAGGGACUGCCCCGUUAGAGCUCCUGACAGACAUUCACUAUGGUGCAUUAAGUUUGUUGGAACCUCUCCAGUGCGCUGACAAUAAACAAUGAUUCAUUUAAGAUUGACUUUGAGUGUCCCUGUGAGAAUUUCCACGUGUUAUUCCUCAUCACGGUACAUUUACCCAUUACAAGGCGCAAAGGUGUCUUUCCUUUUUGUCACAACAUUGUGACGUUGAGCUAGUCUGUCCUCAGUGUUGGAGUGGCUUUUCCUGGCUAAAGACCUCUCUGGUCCGUGAGUGUUGCGGUGAGUAGCUGACCGUAUGUCCUGUGGCCCCGUCUCCUCAGCCCUGGCUGCUUUGCUGAGGGAUGGAGAGACCCUGGAGGACUUGAUGAAGUUGUCUCCAGAGGAGCUGCUGCUGCGCUGGGUUAACUUCCACCUGGAGAACGCUGGCUGGGAGAAAAUCAAUAACUUCAGCUCGGACAUCAAGGUAUGGAUAUGUACAGUGCCUUCAAAGUAUUCACACCCCUUUACUUUUUCCACAUUUUGUUACAAAGUGAAAUUAAAACCGAAAUUAUUUUUUUUAUUGUAAUUUUGUUAGUGAUCUACACUUCUGUCAAUGUGGAAGAAAAAUUCUAACCUUUUGAAAAAAGGAAAAAUAUAACACUAUCUUGAUUUAGAUAUGUAUUGACUCAGGUGGUUGAAUACUUGUUAAAAUCACCUUUGGCAGCUAUUACAGCUGUGAGUCAUUAUGGGAAAGUCUCUCAGCUUUACACACCUGGAUUGUGCAAAUUCUUCAAGCUCUGUCAAAUUGGUUGUUGAUCAUUGCAAGACAACCAUUUACAGGUCUUGCAAAAGAUUUUCAAGCAGAUUAGUCAAAACUGUUAGUCUAGUGUCCUGCUGAAAGGUGAAUUCAUCUCCCAGUGUCUGGAAUGCAGACUGUACCAGGUGUUUGAAAAUUAUGGAGAGUGGUACUCAGUAAUGUGUUGUCUUGGAUUUGCCCCAUACAAAACACUUUGUAUUCGGGACAAAAAGGGAAUUGCUUUGUCACAUUUUUUGCAGUAUUACUUUAGUGCGUUGUUGCAAACAGGAUGCAUGUUUUGGAAUAUUUUUAUUCUGUACAGGUUUCCUUUUCACUCUGUCAAUUAGGUUAGUAUUGUGGAGUAACUACAAUGUUGAUCCAUCCUCAGUUUUCUCUUAUCACAGCCAUUAAACUCUGUAACUGGCCUCAUGGUGAAAUCUCUGAGCGGUUUCCUUCCUCUCUGACAACCGAGUUAGGAAGGACGCCUGUUUAAUAACUUGACCAUGCUCAAGGGGAAUUUCAAUGUCUUCUUUUCUAUUUUUAGCCAUCUACCAAUAGGUGUCCUUUGUGAGGUAUUGGAAAAUCUUUGUGGUUGAAUCAGUUUGAAAUUCACUGCUCGACUGAGGGCCCUUACAAUUAUCUGUAUGUGUGGGGUACAGAGAUGAGGUAGUCAUUCAAAACCAUGUUAAACAAAGUGAGUCCAUGCAACUUAUUAUGUGACUUGUUAAGCACAUUUUUACUCCUGAACUUAUUUAGGCUUGCCAUAACAAAGGGGUUGAAUAGUUAUUGAAUCAAGACAUUUCAGCUUUUCAUUUUUAAUUAAUUUGUGAAAAUGUCAAACAUAAUUCCACUUUGACAGUAUGGGGUAUUGCCAGUGACGACAAAUCUCAAUUUAAUCACUUUAAAUUAACGCUGUAAUGCAACAAAAUGUGGAUAAAGUCAAGGGGUGUGAAUACUUUCUGAAGGCACUGUCUAUGGUUUGUUUACUGUUUCUAUAUGGUUAAUAAAGUGUAAUACUAUUCUGUUGUCCUCACAAAGAAGUAGUGGAACAAUAGCUAAAUAAAAUGAUUAAGACUCAAACAAGGCUUUAUCCAAAUCUGGACUCUUAACCUUCUAUUCUUUCAAAGCGUACAAUUCUUUGCUGGAAAGUGUUUUCAUGCCUGUGCUUUAUAUUUCUGACUAUCUUUUCUUUAUCGGACAGACUUUUCAACCUGUAAAGGUACUUCAUAGAUCAACUUCCUUACUGUAUAGGAAUUGACAAUAGCUUCAUACAUGUGUCAAGGUCAUUGUACUGUAUUAAUAUUUUAAUUUUCUGUCAUGGUCAUUGCAUACCUGUCCAUUGUGUCUUGUGUUCCCAUGUGGCCUGCACAACCUUGUAUCCCAGUGUGCUUGUUUCCAAUGCUAAGAUUCAAACAAGAUGUCGGUCUCUCUGUUUCAGGACUCCAGAGCCUAUUUCCACCUCCUCAACCAAAUCGCCCCCAAAUACACAGAGGAAGACCAGCCACACACAGACAUCAGCAUGGCAGGCUUCAGUGUAAGCACCUUUACGGAGAAUAUACAAAUUCCAUACACAGAUAACCUGAGACCAUUGAUUUAACAUGGCUAAGAAAAUUGAGGGCUACAUGAAAUGUGUCCUUAGCAUGAACCUGUGGUGUCUAUGUCCUGUAGGAGAUGGAUGACCUGAAGAGGGCAGAGAACAUGCUUCAGCAGGCUGACAGGCUGGACUGUCGUCAGUUUGUCACCCCAACCGACGUAGUCUCUGGCAACCCCAGACUCAACCUGGCCUUUGUGGCCAAUGUCUUCAACAAGUACCCGUCUCUCACCAAGCCUGAGGGAGAGGGAAUCGACUGGGGGCUGCUGGAAGGUGGGUGCUGAGCUAGUCUGUUGGUCAUGAGGUUGCUGUGUGGAUUCUGUCCAGUGUACAUUGUAUUCCCUGAGACCCUAAAAUCACCCCACAUCUCUAUUUUCUAUUUAGGUGAGACACGAGAAGAGAGAACAUUCAGGAACUGGAUGAAUUCCCUGGGCGUGAACCCACAUGUCAAUCAUCUGUAUGGGUAUGUACCAAAUGCAACUAAUGACUUGCAUGGAAAAUUAACAUGCCAAUGACAUACUGCUGAUAACAUGCUCCCUACCAGUGGUAUUCAUACACAGGGUCAGGUUUCUUUAUUUAUUAUCAAGUAUCAAGGAGUAACCUAUAUAACUAAUAUCUUUACUCUAUAGAGACCUAGCAGACGCCUUGGUCAUCCUCCAGCUUUAUGAAAAGACAAAAGUACCCGUCGACUGGACGAACAAAGUCAACAAGCCACCAUAUCCCAAGAUUGGGACAAACAUGAAAAAGGUUGACUAUAUUCUCAAUCCAUUUUCCUCCAUUUAUUUUUUACUUUGAAAGAAUGCAAAAUGAUGAUCAUACUGCAUAAUUGACUAUUUCUGUCUUCAACUAUUCAGAAGCUCAUAGAGCAAAAUCACACCGCUCAAAUUCCAGUUCUGGAUAGAGACUAACGUCAUGUUUCUCUUAUAAUAUAAUAUAAUAUGCCAUUUAGCAGACGCUUUUAUCCAAAGCGACUUACAGUCAUGCGUGCAUACAUUUUGUUUGUUUGUGUAUGGGUGGUCCCGGGGAUCGAACCCACUACCUUAGCGUUACAAGCGCUGUGCUCUACCAGCUGAGCUACAGAGGACCACUCUUAAUUCCUACUGUGUUUUGUCUGCUCUCUCAGUUGGAGAACUGCAACUAUGCAGUGGAUCUGGGGAAGACGAUGGCCAAGUUCUCUCUGGUUGGCAUCGGUGGGCAGGACCUGAACGAUGGCAACGCCACCCUGACGCUGGCUCUGCUGUGGCAGCUCAUGAGGAGGUGAGUCUUAGCACAUGCUUAGAUCAAGAUGUAACAUACCUUUACUGCUUCUCAGUAAAUCAGGGUCAUAAGAGAAGGCAGCAUAGGGCAAAAUGUUUUGUAAACCUGGACCUCAGGCAACAGCACUGGAAUAUUGUUCAUGUUAGUUCUUAAGCAGAUCUUGAUAAAUAAGUUGAUUUUAUUUUUCAUUUACUCUUGCCUGACCUUCAGUGAUUGCCUGCUGACCACUGCUGAGUGCCCCAGAAACUGAUCAAUAUUCUAGCUAACGCUUGACAUCUCUCCUAGAUAUACGCUGAAUGUACUGGAGGACUUGGGAGAUGGACAGAUGGCUAAUGAUGACAUCAUUGUCAAAUGGGUCAAUACAACCUUGUCAGAAGCGGGGAAAACAACAAAGAUCUCAAGCUUCAAGGUUUGUCAAGCUUUAUUGAUAUAUUUAGGUUAUAUUUUAAAUAAAUGCAUUUCUUUGUUACCGUAAUUUUCGGACUAUAAGCCGCGCCUUUUUUCCCAUUUUUCGACCCUGCGGCUUAUAUAACGGUGCGGCUAAUCUAUGGAUUUUUACAGCUAACGGCCACUAGAAGACCUCCUAAAUCUAUGGAUUUUACAGGUUACAGUCCACCAACUUUAACUCUAUGGGCUCUAUGACCGGUCCGCGCCCCCCACCUUUAAGCGGCGGGCUCCAGCAGGAAAAGCUGGAGGCCGGAAAAGAGUGAGACAGGUAGCGCGCAAAAGUGGAACCGAGAGUGGUACGAGAGACAGAACGAGAGACAGAACGAGAGCAAGACAGACAGACAUUACGAGAGCGAGACAGUUUGUCUCUUUCCCGACAAUCCCCUCUGUGCAUGAACCCUUACAUAUGGUAAUUAAACAUUAAAACACCUGCGGCUUAUAGUCCAGUGCGGCUUAUAUGUACACAUCAUUCAAUAUCAUUCAAUUUAGCUGCUGCGGCUUAUACUCCGGUGCGCCUUAUAGUGCAGAAAAUACGGUAGUUAUUUGACAUAGAAAGUUUUAGUAUGCAUCUAUGUUCUGUAGUGAUAUUCAGUCAAUACCUCCAAUCAGCAGACCUAAUCUGUGACAUACCACAAAUUCUGACACUACUUGAGCUGAUUUGUGAAGCAGGUAUUUGACACUGUCUUCUCCCCUUGAUUGUCAGGACAAGGAGAUCAGCACCAGUUUACCAGUGGUGGACCUGAUUGAUGCCAUCCAACCUGGCAGCAUCAGCUAUGACCUGGUCAAGACUGGCAGCCUGGCAGCUGAGGACAAGCUGGAUAAUGCCAAGUAAGACUUCCACUGAUGAACGUGUCCAGACAAACUUUGAUAUGGAUUAGUGACCUGUAAGACACUAAUUCAAGCUUCAAUUACUUCUUGGUUUUUGCUAUACUUCCUGUUAAAAACAUGAAAUAUGGGGGGUUGCGAGAAGUACAGUGCCUUCAGAAAGUAUUCACACCCCUGGACUUUCUCCACAUUUUGUUGUUACAGCCUGAAUUUGAAAUGGAUUAAAUUGAGAUUGUCACUGGGCUACACACAAUACCCCAUAAUAUCAAAGUGAAAAUAUGUUUAAUUUUUCUUUUACAAAUGAAUUAAACAUGAAAAGCUGAAACGUCUUUAGUCCAUAAGUAUUCAACCCCUUUGUUAUGGCAAGCCUAAAUACGUUCAGGAGUAAAAAUGUGCUUAACAAGUCACAUAAUAAGUUGCAUGGACUUACUGUGUUCAAUAAUAGUGCUUAACAUGAUUUUUGAAUGACUACCUAAUCUUUUUUAUCCCAAACAUACAGAUAAUUGUAAGGUCCCUCAGUCGAGCUGUGAAUUUCAAACAGAUUCAACCCAAAGACCAGGGAGAUUUUCCAAUGCAUUGCAAAGAAGGGCACCUAUUGGUAGAUGGGUAAAAAUAAUAAAAGCAGACAUUGAAUAUCCCUUUUGAGCAUGGUGAAGUUAUUAAUUACACUUUGGAUGGUGUAUCAAUACACCCAGUCAAUAAGAUACAGGCAUCCUUCCUAACUCAGUUGCAGGAGAGGAAGGAAACCACUCAGGGAUUUCACCAGAGGCCAAUGGUGACUUCAAAACAGAGUUUAAUGGCUGUGAUGUGAGAACUGAGGAUGGAUCAACAUUGUAGUUACUCCACAAUACUAACCUAAUUGACAGAGUGAAAAGAAGGAAGCCUGUACAGAAUAAAAUAUUUCAAAACAGAGUCCUGUUAGCAACAAGGCACUAAAGUAAUACUGCAAAAAAUGUGGCAAAGCAAUUUACUUUUUGUCCUGAAUCCAAAGCGUUAUGUUUGGGGCAAAUACAACAUUACUGACUCGGUACCCCUCUCCAUAUUUUCAAGCAUAGUGGUGGCUGCAUUAUGUUAUGGGUCUACUUGUCAUCGUUAAGGACUGGGGAGUUUUUCAGGAUAAAAAUAAACGGAAUGGAGCUAAGCACAGAUAAAAUCCUAGAGGAAACCCUGGUUAAGUUUGCUUUCCACCAUACACUGAGAGAUGACUUCACCUUUCAGCAGGACAAUAAUCUAAAACACAAGGCCAAAUCUACACUGGAGUUGCUUCCCAAGAAGACUGUGAAUGUUCCAGAGUGGCUGAGAUAGUUAAGUUAUAUCUACUUGAAAAUCUGUGGCAAAACCUGACUGGUUGUCUAGCAAUGAUCAACAACCAAUUUGACAGCUUGAAGAAUUUUUUAAAAAUUAUAUGAAUGGGCAAGUGUUGCAGGCUUUCCACACCUGGAUUGUGCAGCAUUGGCCGUGCAGCAUUUACGGUGAUAUGGCCUCUGCAGAAGUCAGGACAUUCAUACUUCUUGCGCUUCGCGGAGCAGCACAGAGCUGUUGAGCAGAGCUGUUGUCAAGGAAGUGCGUUAGUUUAUACAGUGCAUUCGGAAAGUGUUCAGACCCCUUGACUUUUUCCACAUUUUGUUACAUUACAGCCUUAUUCUAGAAUGGAUUAAAUAGUUUCCCCCCCUCAAUCUACCCACAAUACCCCAGGUUUUUAGGAGUGUUGCUAAUUUAUUACAAAUAAACUGAAAUAUCACAUUUUACAUAAGUAUUCAGACACUUUACUCAAUACUUUGUUGAAGCACCGUUGGCUGCGAUUAUAGCCUCAAGUCUUCUUGGGUAUGAUGCUACAAGCUUGGCACACCUGCAUUUGGGGAGUUUCUCCCAUUUCUUCUCUGCAGAUCCUCUCAAGCUCUGUCAGGAUGGAUGGGGAGCGUCGCUGCAGAGCUAUUUUUAUGUCUCUCCAGAGAUGUGCGAUUGGGUUCAAGUCUGGGCUCUAGCUGGGCCACUCGUCCUGAAGCCACUCCAGUGUCGUCUUGGUUGUGUGCUUAGGGUCGUUGUCCUGUUGGAAGGUGAACAUUCGCCCCAGUCUGAGGUCCUGAGCGCUCUGGAGUAGGUUUUCAUUAAGGAUCUCUCUGUACUUUCCUACGUUCAUCUUUCCCUCGAUCCUGACUAGUCUCCCAGUCCCUGCUGCUGAAAAACAUCCCCACAGCAUGAUGCCGCCACCACGUUUCAACGUAGGGAUGGUGCCAGGUUUCCUCCAGACGCAACGCUUGGCAUUCAGGCCAAAGAGUUCAAUCUUGGUUUCAUCAAACCAGAGAAUCUUGUUUCUCAUGGUCAGUCCUUUAGGUGCCUUUUGGCAAACUGCAAGCGGGCUGUCAUGUGCCUCCCACUGAAGAGUGGCUUCCAUCUGGCCACUCUACCAUAAAGGCCUGAUUGGUGGAGUGCUGCAGAGAUGGUUGUCCUUCUGGAAGGUGCUCCACAGAGGAGCUCUGUCGGAGUGACCAUCUGGCGCUUUGUCACCGCCCUGAUUGCUCAGUUUGGCCAGGCGGCCAGCUCUAGGAAGAGCCUUGGUGGGUCCAAACUUCUUCCAUUUAAAAAUGGAGGCCACUGUGUUCUUGGACCUUCAAUGCUGCAGAAAUGUUUUGGUACCCUUCCCCAGAUCUGUGCCUCGACACAAUCCUGUCUCGGAGCUCUACGUACAAUUCCUUCAACCUCAUGGCUUGGUUUUUGCUCUGACAUGCACUGUCAACUGUGGGACCUUGUACAGACAGGUGUGUGCCUUUCCAAAUCAUGUCCAAUCAAUUGAAUUUACCGCAGGUGGACUCCAAGUUGUAGAAACAUCUCAAGGAUGAUCAAUGGAAACAGGAUGCACCUGAGCUCAAUUUCGAGUCUCAUAGCAAAGAGUCAGAAUACAAACAUUUCUUCUUUUUUUCACAUAAAAAACGGUUUUCGCUUUGUCAUUAUGGGGUAUUGUGUGUAGAUUGAGUGGGGGUAAACAAUAAUUAAUCCAUUUUAGAAUAAGGCUGUAAUGUAACAAUGUGGAAAAAGUCAAGGGGCAUGAAUACUUUCCGAAUGCACUGUACAGGACCUCCCGCCCCACCUACUGUCAACCAAUAAUGUCAAUACAGAGCUAUAUGGAGCCCUCCGCAUAGUUACAAAAUUUGGGAGCCGUACGGCGAUGCAGUACGGAGCUCAAUUUGGCCUCUGCGUGUCUCCGCAGGCUCCGCAAUUGCGUCACACCCUCCAUAGGAAGCCUCUGACCACAUUUUCAGAUCAAGAAUAAAUUGGCUUUUACCCAGAGACUCACAGCUGUAAUCGCUGCCAAAGGGGCUUAUACACAAAGUAUUAACUCAGGGGUGUGAAUACUUAUAUAUUUCAUUUUCAAAAAUGUCUGAAGAUGUUUUCACUGUCAUUAUGGUGUAUUGUGUGUAGAUGGGUGAGUAAAUUGUUUUCCAUUUUGAAUUCAGGCUGUAACACAACAAUGUGGAGUAAGUUGAGGUGUAUGAAUACUUUGAAGGCACUUUAUAUAUUCAGAAGUCAUACGUAUGAAUAUUCAACAAAUGGUGAUCAAUAUUAAAUGAAACUACCUAUUUCCGCUCUUAGAUAUGCCGUUUCCAUGGCGAGGAAGAUCGGGGCGCGUGCCUACGCUCUCCCAGAUGACCUGGUGGAGGUCAAGCCCAAGAUGGUAAUGACAGUGUUUGCAUGCUUGAUGGGCCGGGGGAUGAAGUGGUCUUAACCGACUGGCUGUGCCACUUUGGCAUCGGCAAACUACCCACAAACCAUUUGCUUGAUGAAGGGCCACCCGGGAAUGAAGAAAGACGUGGAAGAAAAUGUUUGCUAACAGACAUUUGAGACCCUAAAAUUUUGCGUGUUGGUAUUUCAACCUAGUUUUGAACAGCAGUAUGUUUACUACAAAAUAUUGUGCAAUCUUAUUUAAGGUAAGCCCAUAACAUAAUGUUUCUGAAGAAGACUAGGCCUGUUAGAGGAUAACUUGGUAUGUUACUUUUCAAUAUGCAACACUCCAUUCACCUUUCAGAAUGCUGUAUGUUAUAAGUGUAUU